UACGGCCCGCCGGCAAGAUGGCGAAGCGCACCAAGAAGGUCGGGAUCGUGGGCAAGUACGGCACCCGCUACGGCGCCUCGCUCAGGAAGAUGGUGAAGAAGAUCGAGAUCAGCCAGCACGCCAAGUACACCUGCUCCUUCUGCGGAAAGACUAAAAUGAAGAGGAAGGCUGUGGGUAUCUGGCACUGUGGUUCUUGCAUGAAGACAGUUGCUGGUGGUGCCUGGACUUACAAUACCACCUCUGCAGUGACAGUCAAAUCUGCGAUCAGAAGACUGAAAGAAUUAAAAGACCAGUAGAAGCUGCAUCCUGUUCUCCUUGUGCAAAAAAUGUAUUUUUUCCAUCACUGUAAGAUCUGUCCAUUGACCAAUAAAAUAAGGACUGGAA